AUGCUACGACUGCAGACGCUCUGGACAGAGCGAGGAUUCCGCAAAAAUUUCUCGGAGAAGAAGAAGCGGAAUUUGAAACAGAAGCGGAAAUCUUACAACAGCGUUACCAUUGCUUCGACUCAUGCUGACGUUGCUGUACAUCGCAUCUACCGUAGAGUACAGAUUGAUGGAAAGAAAGUACGCAUACUUGAUACUGGAGCAGACGUAAAAUUGUCUGAGCACUGCAGACUGCACCGCCACAGGUCGACCAAAGCUGCAAUCAUCCCUUCUGACACUGAAGUCUGCCAACAAAGAACCUAUCAACGUUCGGGGAUGCUGCGAAUGCAACUUCAUCAUUUAUGGUUAUCGGGGAUAUGGUAUUUGUCAUGUAGCUGA